AUGAUGGAGGCUCUUAAGGCAGUAUUCUUCGGGCCAGAUCCUCAAGCGCAAAUUAGGAAAUGCAACCAACUCAUACGUGCCAACACCCGUCAAUUAGACCGCGACAUUGCCCAGUUGAGGAAUCUGGAAAGCAAGACACGGCAAUACAUCGUGAAUGCGUCGCGCAGAGCUCAGCGAAACCCUUCGCAAGCAAAACAGGCGACUGCUGAGACAAAGACCUUUGCCCGGGAACUCGUUCGGAUCCGCAAACAGUCCGCUCGUCUGACUACGAGUCGAGCCCAGCUUCAAAGUGUCCAGAUGCAAGUGAAUGAGGCAUUUUCGAUGCGUAAGAUCCAAGGCAGUCUGAAGAAAUCGACUGGAAUUAUGAAGGACGUCAAUACAUUGCUCCGACUGCCUGAAUUGACAGGAACCAUGCGGCAACUGGCGACGGAACUGGUGCGUGCCGGUAUCAUUGAAGAGAUGGUGGACGACGCGAUACCCAACAAUGAACUCUAUGAAGACGAAGAAGAUGAAGCCGAGGCGGAGGUCGACAAGGUUCUACAGGAGAUCUUGCAGGGCAAGCUUUCCCAGGCCGGAGAGGUCAAAGCUGAAGAACCAGCAGAAGGAGAGCCGGCUAUUGAGGACCAGAUGGAAGAUCAAGAAGCGGCCCUGGAACAGAUGAGAGGCCGAUUGGAAGCUCUGAAAAGCUGA